AGCCGGUCCUGGCCGCCGAUCGGGGGCUGAAGAGAGGAGAGGAGCGGGCAGCUGGUGGUGCCCGCCCCACGCUCCUCGGAGAGAGUGUAUGUGACCGAGAGAGAUGUGUCUGCUUGGCGGAGAGGCCAGCCACUAACCCCCGGCUCCGCUUUGAGAUCCGCUCUCCGUUUGUAUCCUGCCCCGGGCGGGGGGCGGGGGCGAGGGGUGUCGAGCCCUCCAAUCCCGUAGGUGAGAAGGCAACGACGGCUGCCCGCGGCGCCGGCUCCCGGGACCUCCAGCUGGGCUGCUGGGAGGAGGAACCUUGCACACACUAUAGUUUCGAAUGGGAUGUCCACUGGCCCACAAUAUGGCACUGGGCAAGUUGCUCAGCCUCUCUGAGCCGCAGUCACCUUGUAAUGGAAGUGGGUGAGAACUCCCUCGCGGGGCAGAGCGUGCGGUGGCGGUAACCAACGCAGGCAGAGACGGCCUGAGGUGCAGUGCCCGCCCACACUUGGCCUGGGUGAGGGGGUGACUCAGGAGCUUCUGAUCCUCCCUGCCUGCUCUACCCUUCGGAUAAGUCCAGACUUGCAGAGCUCAGGUCUGACCUGAGAAGGAGGGCUCAGGCUGCCGGGAGCCUCCUUUUGAUCCUGGGUGGCAAAGAUAACCCUUUAACACCUUCCCUCCCCUGCCCCUACCCCCACCCACCCCAGUCUUUAACCUAGAAUUUUGCUUGAUGCUGCAGACGUGAAGGAUGGGCGCAAGCCACUCGCCUCACCGUGGACACUUUCCUUUCCCUCUUUGGGCCUCAGUUUCCCUUCUAGAAAGGCAGGUGCUGACAGCCUCUCUCCUCCCUUCCUGUUCCGGCUGACUGGUUGAGAUCCUAGAACCUGGAAACACUUUGAUAUUUAACACCUCCAUUCUGACUUGACCAAUUCCCAGGCACUAAUUUUCUCUUUUGAAGAGGGAGAGGGAAGGUGGCUUUGAAGUUAGGUAGGGAUGAAGUAAGGUGGGCUGGAGCCCCUGCAGCCCAGGAAGGGAAGGCUGGAAAGCAGCAGGCUGGGGAAGCCAGGUGAAUACACCUGGGAGGGAGGCAGGAGGUAUCUCCCACAGAGGGAACUGCCCUGCCCAGCUCUGUAUGUUCUGAAACAGCGCAGGGGUGUUCAGCAUUGUGGACUGUCAGAUGCAAGGUUGGAGAGGGAGGGUUGGAAUUCAAUUUGAGGCUGGGAAGGAAGGCAGGGGCCAAAUAUGAAGGCCUUGAAUGCCAGACCUAGGAGCUGGGAUUUAGGCAGUGGAGAGCUGCUAGAGGGUUUUUUAAGCUGGCAUGACAGGGUGGGGUUGGUAAUUCUAGGAAAUCUUCCUCUGGCUUGUGGGUGGUGCUGGAGCCUGGGAGACCAAUCUGGAGGCUAAGUGCUCCAGCCUCUUAGAGUCAGAAGGAGAUUUUCACUUAUUUUCACUUACUUCAUUGCUUCCUAGCUCUGUGGCCUUAGGCAAGUAACUCUACCUCUCUGAUUCUCAGUCUCCUCAUCCUUCAAAUGAGGUUAGUAAUUCCGGUCUGACUGAUCUGUUGUGAAUGUUCAAUAGGAUAAUGAAUUACAUGUGCUAAUGAAAUGAGAAGAGAUUUGUAGUCUGUAUUACAUCAUGCAGACAUUUGUUGGAUUGCCCUGACAAUAGAAGGCAGAGCCAGCAUCUACUAUGGUUCGAAACUUGAUAUCGCCCCCGCCUCCCCGGGAAAGCCCUAAGUAUCCUGCCAGCUUGGACCACUGGUACCCUCUCCUAAGCAGAGGGAAGCUUUUUGCCUAGGACAUUUCACUCAUCUGGCUUAUCCCGUUCGCAUGGCCAGGCCCCACAUAGGAGAAGAGAUGGACGGUCAGAUUUGGAGAUGGCCACACAGCACAGUGUGUCGUAUCUUGACGGGGCCACUGGAGCCCAGGGAGAGGGUGACCUUUUACUGGAUGAUGGGCAGGUUAGACUGGGAAGACCUCACAGAGGAGGUGACUUUUUUUUUUUUCUUAACAUCCUUAUUAGAGUAUAGUUGCUUUACAGUGUUGUGUUAGUUUCUGCUGUAUAACAAAGUGAAUCAGCUAUGUGGUUGCCCACUCUCACCACUGUUAUUCAACAUAGUUUUGGAAGUUUUAGCCACAGCAAUCAGAGAAGAAAAAGAAAUAAAAGGAAUCCAAAUCAGAAAAGAAGUAAAACUGUCACUGUUUGAAGAUGACAUGAUACUUAUACAUGGAGAUGACUUUUGAAUCGAAUGAGUGAGAGUUUGCAUGGAAAACAAAGAAAAGUAGGGUGUCUCUGUCAUCUUCAUCCGAGGGAACAGCCUGUGCAGAGAUGUGGGGCCCGAUGAGCAAGACGGGCCUCUAGACUGGCAAGCUGUCUUUGUAGGAUAGGUUUUAAACCAGGAGCAGUGAUGGGGUCCCGGUCUUCUGUCGGGAUUGUACUCUGGUGCCCAGCAUGGCCGGCAGUUGGAAGCAGAGGACCAGGAACAAGGCUGUUGGAGCAAUCCAGGCCAGGAGGUCUCCUGAACCUGACCAGUGCAAGGUGCGGGGGGUGGGGGAAGACAGUGAGCCACCCACCCAGGGGUAGCUGCUGAGUCUCAUUCUGUCACAGGUGACACAACUCUUUCAGCCUGCUUUGGCCUCUGCGACCUUUCCAAACUCCCUUACCAACUUCCUUGGUAGAGCCUGGUCAGUGCUUGUAGCCCAAGCGGGACCCUGGGUGGUGCACUGGGAGACAAUCCAAGGAAGAAUCCAUUUUGUAGUCUUCUCUGUCCUCUGCCCCUGCCUUGCUUUCAGGUCUGCUGGUGUCACGGCUCCUUUUUCUUUCCUGGCCCCUGAAAUCACCCAUUAGGGGGCAGGAACCCACAUGCAGUGAGCACCAGUGUGUGCCAGGCCCAGGGCUGAGUCUUCACUUUACCUUGUGUAAUCAUCCCAGUGGCCUGCUGGGAGCAGUACUAGGUUUCUCACCAUGUUACAGAUGAAGACUCAGACUCAGAGGGGAGAGGGCCUCCUGGCAGGUGAGGUAUGGUGGGGCUGGAACCUGGUGUGCCUGACCGUAAAACCCAUUUCCUCUGCCCCACACUGCCUGCCCGUGUGUCCACACAUGCCUCAGACCAAAGGGAACUUGCGAAGCUUCAGAAUGGAGAAAAUAGUAUUGGGAGCCUUGUCUAUUUCCCUGUAGAUUAUCCUCCAGGGAUGAUGUCAUGGAGGAGGCUAGGCACUUGGUGUCAGAACGCCUGGAUUCUGAGUCCAGCCUCUGACCUCACUGGCUGUGUGACUCUGGGCAGAUCACCGAACCUCUCUGGGUCUCUACGCAGAUGUAAAAUAGAUACAAUGCCAUGUAAGCUGCUGAUCUUGCAGGGUGACUGAACAGAUAAGAGUUGAGGAGGCAUUGGGAAGGUUGAGAGGUAUCCUUUGGCGAGGUGGUAGUAUUCUAAAUGCCUGGUAUAUCUUCAUAUAGUACCUGCUCUGUGGCAGACCCGGCACCCAGGCCCAAGGACAUAAAAGUGAACCUAACCCCAUUCCUGCCCACAGGAGGACAGACAGGUAAGUGUAAUUAUAGUCCAGCACGAUCCACACGUGCCCACUUGUAAGUUGGGGCACAGCCAUACAAGGAGCAUUGGAUUUGGAGCUCAGACACGUAGGUUUGCGACCUGGUUCCUCUCCUCCUCAGCUGAAUGUCAGUCUGCAAAACAGGGACAGUAAUCCCCGUGGUCAAGGGUUGUGGUGAGGCAGAAACGAGAUGGUGCUCUAGAAGUGCGUGGCGAGCUGACGUGUUUGUACAGAUGUGCGGCGUUAGAGCUGCUGUUGGGGGAGCCAACCCACAAGGCUCCGGGAGUUUGGCCCUGACAUUCUUUUUGCCUUGCGUUUCCAGAACUGACUAAGCCACUGGGGGCCAGGACGUUAAUGGAAUUUCCACCUGGGGAUUUCGUUGGCGUCAGCUUGAGGGAGCUCACGAUGAACAUAAGUAGGGUUGGAGGCAUCUCAGCAUGGAGCAGCCGGUGGAGACAGAGCCCGUCUCAGCCCACACCAUGCUGUGGCCCCUGCUGCUGUUGCUGGCCGCCGGUGAGGCCCAGACCACCCGGCCCUGCUUCCCUGGAUGCCAGUGUGAGGUGGAGACCUUUGGCCUCUUCGACAGCUUCAGCCUGACGCGAGUGGAUUGCAGCGGCCUGGGCCCUCACAUCGUGCCCGUGCCCAUCCCCCUGGACACAGCCCACCUGGACCUGUCCUCCAACCGGCUGGAGACGGUGAACGAGUCCGUGCUGGCAGGCCCGGGCUACACCACGCUGGCCGGCCUGGAUCUCAGCCACAACCUGCUCACCAGGUUCUCGCCCACGGCCUUCUCCCGCCUUCGCUACCUGGAGUCACUUGACCUCAGCCACAAUGGCCUGGCCGCCCUGCCCGCCGAGAGCUUCACCAGCUCGCCCCUGAGCGACGUGAACCUGAGCCACAACCGGCUCCGCGAGGUCUCCGUGUCCGCCUUCGCCACCCACAGCCAGGGCAGGGCGCUGCACGUGGACCUCUCGCACAACCUCCUCCACAGCCUCGUGCCCCACCCCGCGCGGGCCAGCCUGCCGGCGCCCACCAUCCAGAGCCUGAACCUGGCCUGGAACCGGCUCCACACUGUGCCCGACCUCCGGGACUUGCCCCUGCGCUACCUGAGCUUGGACGGGAACCCACUGGCGGCCAUCGGCCCAGGGGCCUUCGAGGGGCUGGCGGGCCUUACACACCUGUCGCUGGGCAGCCUGCAGCGUCUCCCCCAGCUGGUGCCCUAUGGCUUCCGUGAGCUGCAGGGCCUGCAGGUCCUGGAUUUGUCAAGCAACCCCAAGCUCAAGUGGGCAGGACCCGAGGUGUUCUCAGGCCUGGGCUCCCUGCAAGAGCUGGACCUGUCAGGCACGGGCCUGGUGCCCCUGCCCGAGAAGCUGCUUCUCCACCUCCCGGCGCUGCAGAGCAUCAGCGUGGGCCAGGGCGUGCAGUGCCGGCGCCUGGUGCGGGAGGGCACCUACCCCAGGCAGCCUGGCUCCACCCCCAAGGUGGCCCUGCACUGCAUAGACACCCAGGAAUUAGCUGCUGGGGGCUCUGAUACCUUGUGACGAAUGGUGUGGCCUGGGGCCAUGUAACAGACUUUGCCCUGGGCUCCCUUGGGUCCUGGGUAAUUUAUAUUUUAAUGUGCCAAUGCCAGCAGGGACUCUGUAGGCCUGUGUGGCAGCAUCAUUGAAAGAGAGGCUUUGGACCUGGGACCCACACCCAGGAGCAAGGUUUUGCCCGUUUGUCUAUGUUGCUCUCCAGACCAUAAGCUGAGGGUCUUCGAUGCCAAACCAGACAGCAGUCCCCUGCUGUCCUUCCCUACUUGUCCCCAAAGUGCCUUCCCUGAGGCCUGGACCAACCUGACCCAUGACAGGAGGAGGGCGGGCGGGAGGUAGUGCUGCGGGGCAGAGGUCCAGCCACUCAGGCAUGGGUUUCUUUUACGACACAGCCCUCUCUUUGCUCUGGGCAUGUGAGGGCUACUUCAUCCUUUUUUCUUCCCCUAGAACUCUGGAUAGAACUUUAUAGAAAGGACUGGAGAAAAAAACUCUAGUCCACCUCCUCAUGUGCCAGAUGGGGAGACUCAGGCCGAGGGAAGGAAAAAUGCUAUUCUGAGGUCCUACAGUGGCAGAAGCGUGAAUGGACCCAAUGUCCAGCCUCCCAGCAGGGCCCCUUUGCACUUUUCUCCCCUCUCCCCUUUCUGGGCUCCCCCUUGCUUCCAAGACUCACAUCCUGCCAUUUGUGCCCUUUCCCUGUCGUCCCCAGGAGGAGAGACCAGGGCCUCGGGGGUGGCACUCUGGGCCCGGUAACCGGCUGUGGCACAGGCUAAGUCAGUUCACCUCGGAGCCUCUAGGAGCCUCAGGGAUACCAGUCCCAGCCCUGCCAGUUUCCCACUCUGGGUGGGGGGGGGGGGCGGCGUCCCCCAGCAUCAAAAUGGAAAUGCGCCCAUUGACCCCUAAGGUACUGCCUCUAGAUGCAGUCCUGGAGCCCCUCCAGGCCCUGAGCUCCCUCAGACCCCACUGGCCCUAUGCCUGACAGCCCAGCUCAUCCUACUGAGAAUGCAGUGAAGGAGGUAGGGGAGACCCCACCCAUGUUUAUGCUCCGCCACCAGGGUGGCAUCUCAGCUUCCCAGCCCUGGGCUCUCUCCUUAGCAUGGGGUUAAUAAAAGUUGUUGCCUUUUUAAUGGACUGUCACUUUCAACCCACCCCCACCCCCAUCCCCUCCCCCCCGCCCCAUCCUGGUCCCUGCUGGCAGGGGAUGGAAACAUGCCAUUUGUAAAAGAAGAAAGACAUUGCAUUUGUUCGCUUUUGUAAUAUUGUGUCCUGGGGAUGGGUUGGGGGAGGAGGCGUUGGGUGAAAGCCAGCCAUACUUGGCCAUGUGGGCGUCAGGGGGCUGGUCCCACAGGGACACCCACAGGACAGUGAGAGCUCUGUCUUCCCCCACCGGCCCUACCCAACACCUGGUCCUUGGUUUAAUAAACACUAUAAAGAGG